CUUGACCGGCACCUCUGGAGUCUUUUCCCGAGUCCUCCGAAUCCGUGGGAAAAUACCCGAGACGCAAAACCCAGACUCUCUCUCUCUCUCUCUCUCUCGUCCUCUGUCCUGAGAAGGUUUAAAUCUGCCGUGCGUUGCCCGGUGCGCAUCCAGCUGUCAGCGGCGGGGGAAGUUUGGAUUCUCGAGGUGGGGAGGGGGUUAAGGGCCCGAAGGGAACCCUCGUCCAAGGUGGUUUUGGGAGCACCGUGUGUGCGUGCGCGUGAACCGGCCCCCCGAGAUGCGCUCCCUUCUGCCGCUCGCCGCGUAUUGCAUCAGCCUCCUCUGCCUCCAGCAGCUGUCCGCCCUGCCGGCGGGACGCCGCGUCGAGAAGAACAGGUCAGACCUCCUCCAGAUGCUCACCGGUCAGACAAACGACAAGUCCAUCACUCCAGCGUCCCAGCGUAGCGCUGCGAGCUCCUCAGAUGCCCCGCCCACUUCGUCACCCCAACCCUCCACGAAACAGCCGCCUGGUUUCCUCAGACACGCGGCACUGACAAAGCUGAGGGCGACCCUGCCCAGCCUGGUAUGGGCUCGGCCCACUGAGCAAGAUCCAGAGAGCCAGCAGAGGUCACUAAGAGGUCGUCGCCAUGCCCAUUCUGGGUCACGGGGCGGCCACCAUCAGUCGCACCAUGCCCAGCUGAUGAGAGUGGGCUGCGUCCUCGGUACAUGCCAGGUGCAGAACCUAAGCCACCGGCUCUACCAGCUGAUUGGCCAGAGUGGGCGAGAAGAUUCCUCCCCCAUCAACCCCAGGAGUCCUCACAGUUACGGAUGAGUCCCUUCCAAACACCCCCCCGCAGCAAGUCCAUCGACAUCUCCCAAUAUUUAUCUCUUAAUGUAUUUCUGAUAGUCUCUGCAUUACAGUUUUGAUGUAGUCAACAACUUCCCUUCUUCUAGGAUGACUAUUGUGCCUCUGUGCUCUUUGUACUGAAAAGGACAAGUUGAGGAGAAAAAAGAAGAAUUCAAGGUUACCAUCAUGACCGCCUGAAUCCUCUUUUUAGAAGAAAUCCCCCACAUUGAUUCCUCUCACCACCCUGGGAACAUACACCUUGUAAAGGACGUUUAGAUCUUGUCAAAGUCUUUUGCCCCCCCCCCCUCCCAACCCCUUCAAGGAGCAGGGAGUGCCCCCGUUUGACAUUUUAAUCCUGUUAAUGUAAAACCGAAGGCUUGUCUGGCUUGUUGCUCUCUUCAACACCAUUGAGUGGCCUGCUCCUCUCUGUGUAAUGCCGACGGCUCUCCCUCCCUGCCGGCAGUGGUUACUUCUCAGCUCAUUGAUCAAACACUUAAGACCCCCCUAAUGUGGAUUUCAACCUGAAACCGGAGCUCCGGUCCUGUCGAAACCAAUGAUGUUCCCAAAGAAUCCCGGGAAGAGAGUCCCUGUGAACCCUUUUACCCUGCGACAUUCCCAAAGUCCCAAAUCGACCGCGAGCGCCAUUUCACCAGACAUGUUCAACAUGGCUGACUGACGUUGACACCGCCCCCCCCCCCACCUUCCAGACCACCCCGGCUCAAUGGUCUCCUCUUCGUCGUGGGUUGGUGAUUGUCUCCGACUGGGACUUAAUUUUUCAUGACCACAGACUGCAGUUGAGAUCACUCACAGUUUCUGAGCGAAACCAGAGAUUUUAAAAGCACUGAGUCAGGACUAAACACACACAAACACACACGCCGCACAGUGGAAAAGGAAAGUAGAGGGUUAAGAUCUAAAGGCCUGGAUGGCAUCUUUACCCAGACUCGCACCCUCGAGGAUCGGUUUCAGUUUUGCAUUAUGGCGGCUGGCCGGACAAUGCAGCUGGUGGCAAAGUGAGCUGGGAGGAACAGAUCACGGCACAGCUGAACCACUGCCAACCCACCAACGGCUCCCUCUGAACCCUAGGGGCCAAGUUUGAAAUAUUAGCCGUUUCACGUGAAUCAUAAGUUCCUCCCAUGAGUCAGGACUUUCGGUUGGCGGCGGUUUUUAAUAAUAAACCUGACCUUAUCACCUUGGUCAUAUGUGCCGCCACAGUCGGGGUCCUGGAGGCCUCCUGAGACAUUCACACACAAACCGAAUACAUAAAAGUACAGAGCGCACGUACACACACACACACACACACACACACACACACAUUUUUGACUUUAGGUUUGCAAACGUGACUCAUGACUCGGUUCUUGUACAAAAGCAAAAAUUCCAGUCGGCAUGAAAAAACCCCAAACCACGUUUGCCACCUGCUAGCAAAGGCAGGAAUGAAAACCUUGGACAAAGACAGGAACGCUUCACCGUGGUUUUAACAGGGGGAUGUAAAUCAAUCUGCAUGUCUCAAAAAGGCUGUGUGCCUGUGAGAUGUCUUUUUCUGGGCUUGAGAUUGAGAACACCAUUUUUUUUGUUUGUGAUUUCUAAACAUCGGCUGUAUUUUUGGGGGGGGGAUCCCCCCCGAUCCCCCCCCUUUUUUUCUCUCCGGUUGUAUCCAGCUAAUUACCCCACUCUUCCGAGCUGUCCUGGUCAUUGUUCUACCCCCUCUGCCGGUCCGGGGAGGGCUGCAGACUACCACAUGCCUCCUUUUAUACAUGUGGAGUCACCAGCCGCUUCUUUUCACCUGACAAUGAGGAGUUUCACCAGGGGGAUGUAGCGCGUGGGAGGAUCACGCUAUUCCCCCCAGUUCCCCCUCCCCCCCAAACAGGCACCCUGACCAACCAGAGGAGGCACUAGUGCAGUGACCAGGACACAUACCCACAUCCGGCCUCCCACCCGCAGACACGGCCAAUUGUGUCUGUAGGGACGCCCGACCAAGCUGGAGGUAACACGGGGAUUCGAACCGGCGAUCCCCGUGUUGGUAGGAAACGGAAUAGACCGCUACGCCACCCGGACGCCCCCGUUUUUGCCUUGCCCAGUCAGAGGCUGGGAUAAUCUCUCAGCUAAUAACAUCUCAGAGCAAGCAAAUCCCAAAUCCAGCCUUUCAACCAAUACACCCUCGCCCUGCGUGCGACAGGUUGCAUUGAUUUUCAUGCACAAUAUGCUUCAAUUACAAAACAGCCCGACACCAAGCCGUUUCCAGGUUCGCCAUUCCAAACAUUCCCAAAGCGCAGUACAUGGCAACACCUUGCAUACGGCAGCAAAGUUGGCACUGGCGUGCCCGUUGUUAACUCGCAGGGUUUAAAUUAGUGCCGAGACCAUUGCCCAAAAAAAAAAAAAAAAAAAAACUCUACCGUCACAUUGUGGGUUUCUAAUGAGAGACCAGGCUGACCAAAAUGCUAGGAGUGAGAGUGCCCAAUUGCAAAUCGGCAGGACAAAAAAAAAUCAUAACACCAUCUAAAAUAUCCUGACCCCAGAUUUCCUUCUCUCUAUUUACAUCCAUUGCUGAAAAUGGUGGGCGGAUGAUUGACUCAGAAUAACCCAAGGCAAGCUGCCCUCAUCAUCAUCAUCAUCAUCCCAGAAUCUGACCAACUGCUAAACUUAAAAUCCAUGUUUAUGGUGAAAACGUGUAUAAAUGUUAUGUAUUUAUAUAAUGAAAAACUGCUGUUCCAAGCCUUUCGCUAUACAGCCACCCGAUCGUAACAGCGGCUUCCCAGAAACGCAGGCCAAAAUAAUGUUCCUCUGUCUGCUUUCGUUCGCAUUCAUUUUUUAGAUCGCUGUCUCGGUAGUCAAAUCAAAUCCAUUUCACAACCAGGAGGAAUAUCUAUGGAGCCUUUGCAGCUCUUUUGUUUUACUUUUCUUUUUUUUUUUACUUUUAUAGAAGUCUGGUAUUGCUCAGAGAGCAGUGGUUUUAACUCACCAAAUACCUGAUGAUACUUGACAGAAGUAAUUAUUUUACAAUAUGUGAUCUACAUCAUGUGAUUAUGCGCUUUUCUUAAUCUUAAUUUCUAUUUUUUUCACCCUUUUUUGCCUUAAUGUUCUCCAUCAACAGUGGGAUUUUUCCUCUAUAUUCAGUCUUAGUCUCUCACCCCCCCCCUCCUCUCUCCCUCUCCGUCUGUCUGUCUGUCUGUCUGUCUCUAUAAUCACGGUGGGGCCCCGAGGUCCUCGGGUCACAAUCAGUGGUUCCUUUAUGCUUGAGUCUAAUCUGUCAGAAGGCUUGCUGAAAUGAAACAUGCCAUUCUCCCGCUGUAAUGGAGCUAAUCAAUGUCUCGUGACCGAUCAUUAAAAAGGCUCUGCAAAAAAACGCUGAAAACCCUGGUGGAUCUCGCUACUUUCUAAAUUGAAAACCGCGUAGUGCGACACGCUUGUGCGUGUGUGUUAGCGUACCGAGAUGUGUGUCUGACUUGCGGCGCGCGACACGUUGGGGGAACGUAUCUCUCCUGCUGUUUGAUCGGGGGUCGUGUACUGUUUUAUUUUUAUUACCGAGCCCUCUGUACAGUCGUGUGUGCGCGCAUGCGUCACGGCGGCGCCCCCCCCCCCCCAUCCCCGUUUGUAGAGGGAGCAACGUUUUACAGAUGUCGUGAGUGACGUCAUCACUGCUGCCUAUUUUGCUAAGACACCCCCAAGAUUGAUGCCUUGUGCAGAAAGCGGGUGCGAUGUUCGAUUAUGCGUCAGUGUGCUAAGACACUCUUCAGCCUAAUACCAAUAUUACACUUGUUUGUUUGUUUGUUGUGUUUUGUUUUCAUUAUUUCAAGGUCAGAUUUCUUCUUAUGGGUCCACAGGAAAGCACUUUAAUGCAAACACGUGUGUGUGUGUGUGUAUAUCUUAGUAUCUCGCAACUUGAAUCUCAGCUGUAAUUAACUUGUGAAAGACGGAUGAUAUUUUUAUACUGCGUUAGAUGAGGAUCUCUGCGAAUGUGUUUGAAGAUGUUCGUGCACUCCAUCCUGGUUAUCUUAGUAGCGAGAUUGUGAAUAUCGUUAGCUCCGGAAAAAAAAAAAGAAAAAGGAAAAAAAAACUAUUUAAAAUAAGAUUAUGUAUUUAAGUUAUCUUUUUAUGUUAAUAUCUGUAUGUCACCAAAGGCUAUUUAUCUUGUGUUUUCCGCUGCUCCUGAAAUGUAUGUGCGGAGAGGAAAAAAAAUCUUAACUAUAGAUAGAAUGUGACUGUUUUACAAUGUCCUUCACUCUGUAAAAUAAAGAAUGGAACUGUAGUUGA